CCAACAUGGCAGCGGUUGGGUCUGGCGGUUCCACCGUGGCGGCUGGGCCAGGGGCGGUCUCCGCGGGGGCGUUGGAGCCUGGAACCGCGAAUGCGGCUCACCGGCGCCUCAAAUACAUAUCCCUAGCCGUGCUGGUGGUCCAGAAUGCCUCCCUCAUCCUCAGCAUCCGCUACGCCCGCACACUGCCUGGGGACCGCUUCUUUGCCACCACUGCUGUGGUGAUGGCUGAAGUGCUCAAAGGUCUCACCUGCCUGCUGCUGCUCUUCGCACAGAAGAGGGGUAACGUGAAACACCUGGCGCUCUUCCUCCACGAGGCUGUCCUGGUGCAGUAUGUGGACACACUCAAGCUCGCGGUGCCCUCUCUCAUCUACACCUUGCAGAAUAACCUCCAGUAUGUUGCCAUCUCCAACCUGCCUGCUGCCACUUUCCAGGUGACGUACCAGCUGAAGAUCCUGACCACGGCGCUGUUCUCCGUGCUCAUGCUGAACCGCAGCCUCUCCCGGCUGCAGUGGGCCUCCCUGCUGCUCCUCUUCACGGGUGUCGCCAUCGUCCAGGCACAGCAAGCCGGCGGCGGCGGCCCUCGGCCACUGGAUCAGAACCCCGGGGCAGGCCUAGCGGCCGUUGUGGCCUCUUGUCUGUCCUCGGGCUUCGCGGGCGUCUACUUCGAGAAGAUCCUCAAGGGCAGCUCGGGCUCCGUGUGGCUGCGCAACCUGCAGCUGGGCCUCUUUGGCACGGCGCUGGGCCUGGUGGGGCUCUGGUGGGCCGAGGGCACCGCCGUGGCCCGCCGCGGCUUCUUUUUCGGGUACACGCCGGCUGUCUGGGGCGUGGUACUCAACCAGGCCUUCGGCGGGCUGCUGGUGGCUGUUGUCGUUAAGUACGCCGACAACAUCCUCAAGGGCUUCGCCACCUCCCUGUCCAUCGUGCUGUCCACUGUUGCCUCCGUCCGCCUCUUUGGCUUCCACGUUGACCCGUUGUUCGCCCUGGGCGCUGGGCUGGUCAUCGGUGCCGUCUACCUCUACAGCCUGCCCCGAGGUGCAGCCAAAGCCUCUGCCUCCGCCUCCGCCUCGGGGCCCUGCACUCACCAGCAGCCGCCGGGGCAGCCGCCGCCCCCAAAGCUGUCUUCCCAUCGUGGAGACCUCAGCACGGAGCCCUUUCUGCCCAAGUUGCUCACCAAGGUGAAGGGUUCGUAGCUGCUGGGAUCGAAGACGCUGGCCUGGCCGCCUCCUCCCCUCUUGCCCUGGCCCAACCAGGACCAAAUUCUGAUCAGUAUUAGGGGUGGGGGGAGGUAGACACUGAACCCCCAACCUGGCCCCCCCACCCCACUCCCACACCGGGGGGGGGGGACGACACACCCAAGCUCUGGUAACGAGGGCAUGGACAGGACCCAUCUUGGCCUCCAGCCCCCGUCGCCCCCAUAUCCUUGCCACUCCCGCACUUUCUUAGGUGAGUUUUUGCAAAUAAAAUGUGUUUCGCAUCUUG